UUCCUCCUCCUUUCGCCUUACACACAGAGUGACCUAUACCUCCUCCUGUAUUGUUCAAGGGCCAGAUGGAUUUGCGAGAAGGAAGGCGUGGAGGCUUCUGCUGUGUGAGGCGUGGAAUAGCAAAGAGGCGGGCUGGAGGCUUGCCUCUUAGCUUUCCAAUAGUAAACUUAAUGAGAGAGAGAGCGGGAGUGUGUGUAAGCAAAGCUGAGCAAACACUGUGAUCUGUGCUAGCUGGGAUGUUUGAAGUAUGCAGGAGAUGAAUAACCCUAACCUUCAAGGUGGUCACUUCUCAGAACUCUGUGUCCUCAGAAGGCCUCCAGUCUACAAGACCAGUGUAGGCUCUCAUAAGAGCAGUAGUUCUGGGAUUUCCUUUCGACCUUCCAGUUUUGUUACCUAUUUUGCCAUAACCUUGUUGUGUCAAGCUGAGGUCUUGUUGGGACACCCCCAGUGCCUUGACUAUGGGCCCCCCUUUCAGCCGCCUUUUCACCUGGAAUUCUGCUCAGCCUACGAGAAGUUUGGCUGUUGUGACCAAGACAAGGACAACACGAUUGCAGCCAAAUAUUGGGAGAUCAUGGAUUAUGUUGACCCCCAAGCUUACAAACUGUGUGGAAAGUACAUCAAAGAUAUCUUGUGUCAGGAAUGUUCACCUUAUGCAGCUCAUCUAUAUGAUGCUGAAAACCCUCAGACACCACUUCGGAACCUCCCUGGCCUUUGCUUCGACUACUGCUCAGAGUUUCAUCACUAUUGCCGUUCUGCCAUCACUUUGCUUACGGAUGACAAGCACAUCCAAGAAUGCUGCGAGAGGAACAAGACCCGCUUUUGCAAUCUCCUCAACAUCCAGGAUGAAGACUAUUGCUUUCCUGAUGUGCUGAAAAAUACAGAUCUUAAUCGCAACUUGGGGUCUGUGGUGGCAGACAGAAAAGGUUGCCUUCAGCUGUGCCUGCGCGAGGUGGCCAAUGGGUUGAGGAAUCCGGUGCUGAUGCUGCACGCCAAUGACAACACCCACCGCAUGUUCAUAGCUGAGCAGGUUGGCAUCAUCUGGGUCUUUCUUCCAGAUGGAAGUCGGCUGGAAGAACCCUUUCUAGACAUUAAAAGCUUGGUAUUGGCCACCCCCUGGGUUGGCGAUGAGAGAGGUUUCCUUGGCAUGGCCUUUCACCCCAAAUACAAAGACAAUGGAAAAUUCUACAUUUACUACUCUUACCAGGACAAGAAAAAGGUGGAAAAGAUCAGGAUCAGUGAACUCAGAGUCUCUGCAUCAGAUAUCAACAAAGCUGAUGCGAUCACGGAAAGGAACCUCUUAGAGAUUGAAGAACCAGCUGCAAAUCAUAAUGGGGGACAGAUUCUGUUUGGCCUAGAUGGUUAUAUGUACCUGUUUACAGGCGAUGGAGGGAAAGCUGGCGACCCUUUUGGUAAAUUUGGGAAUGCUCAGAACAAGAGUAGUUUAUUAGGAAAAGUUUUGCGGAUAGAUGUGGAUGGAAGAAGCUCUGAUGGGAAGCCUUACCGCAUUCCUCCUGACAAUCCUUUUUGCUCUGACCCUAAAGCUCUACCUGAAGUCUAUGCCUAUGGGGUGAGGAACAUGUGGCGAUGUUCUGUGGACAGAGGUGACCCACUCACUCAUAAAGGAAGGGGGAGAAUAUUUUGUGGAGAUGUUGGCCAGAACAAGUUUGAAGAAGUGGACAUAGUUGUUAAAGGUGGAAACUACGGCUGGAGAGCUAAGGAAGGUUUUGAAUGCUAUGAUAUCAAACUUUGUCAAAAUUCAUCCUUAGAUGAUAUACUUCCAAUAUUUGCCUAUGGACACUCUGUGGGGAAAUCAGUCACUGGAGGAUAUGUCUAUAGAGGAUGUGAGUCUCCCAACCUGAAUGGCCUUUACAUAUUUGGUGAUUUUAUGAAUGGGCGACUUAUGGCUUUGCAGGAAGAUGAGAGAACAAACAAAUGGAAGAAGCAAGACAUUUGCAUUGGUAACUCUGUAACCUGUGCUUUCCCAGGGCUGGUCAGCUCUUAUAGCCAAUACAUUAUCUCCUUUGCUGAGGAUGAAGCAGGUGAACUAUAUUUUAUGGCUACAUCUUAUCCCAGUGCCUAUGCUCCACAUGGCUCAGUUUACAAAUUUGUGGAUCCUGCAAGGAGAGCUCCACCAGGGAAAUGCAAACAGAAGCCUGUUCCAGUGAAAACAAAAAGCAAGCGGAUCCCAUUCACCCCACGCACAAAGACCGUCCUUGAAGUUCUGAAAGAACGUCUUACUACGACAACGGAGCCUCCCAGAACAGGAUUGAACUCCACGGAUGCACCCCAAUCUCCUAGGAAGUCUGUAUCUCGCAAAGACUCAACUAAACACAAGCCAGCUAAGGCAGAUAAAAAGCAGCAAACAGCCCAACUGCCCAAAGGGUCCAAGGCAAAAAAGGAGAAGAGUCCUUAUGCGCCCAAGGCUGCAACAUCCUCUCCAAAGCGAAAAGGCUCACAUUUAAGGAGAGGCAGAAAGAAAUCUCCCAAAACAAGGUCAGCAACUAAGGUUAAAACCCAGGCAAAGAAGAAAAAGAAAAGGAGGGUGAACCUAAGAAGCACGCUUUGAAUGUAUAAUACAAGUCAAAGAACCAAGUGAUUGGAAGGUAGAUAGGAUUGCUGGGAGACUAGUUUUCAUGCAAAAUAUGUGCAUAUUCAACCAUAGCAUAACACUGCUACCUGUAACAGAUGCAAGGCAUACAUUUAAUUAAGAGCUUGACUGCUCCAAACAAUGUCUAGGCUGUCACUUGUAGAAAUCGGACUCAAUGGCCCAUUUUUUUCAGUUCAAAUAAGUAAUCACAAUUUACUGUUAUGCUCUACAACAGAGUGUUGUUGUAUAAAUGGUAUUGGUUUUGUAAUAUUUGCUGAUCAUCAUGGCAAAAAAGCAGAGAUGGGAUUCAGGUGCCCUAGGCAUUUUUGUACUAAAACUCCCAGAAUUCUCCACCAUUCCUGAUAUUGGCCAGGACUGCUGGGAAGUAUAGUACAAUGUCAAUAGGGUGAACUUACUCCUUGGAGAAAGAAAAAUCUGACUUUUGUGGCAUAAAAUGAUUGACUGUCUUAAUUUGAAGAAGAGAAGAUUGUAUUGUUCACCUUAUGUAAGCAUUUGUACAACAAGAAACAUAAUAAACAAAAUUAACCAGC